AUGCUUGCGCGACUGUUUCAGUUCUGCAGAGACCGCCACUUCAUUGAACGCGAAGGGGAAUCAGGCGGAGAUGUGAUGUCGAGAACGCCAGCGCCGCUGUCAGAGCUGCGGUCUCUGCACUUGCACGGAAAGGGCCCUGACUACCGCAGUGUCCGGUUUCACUCAAAGAACAUCCGCCCGCUACUGCUCUCUACCGAGCUUCAGACAUUGAAGCUUAUCGGAAUAGACUGGGGUGGCACGAGCGUAGACACACGCUCAGAGGCCGAGGAGGAAAAUCGAAGGGACGACAGGGACGACGAUGGGCAUAACGACUUUCAGCUUAACCAUGUAGUUCCUGGUAGGCCACCCAGAAAGCUAUAUACCUUCCCAGGUUCUCAUCCAAAGAUGAAGAGUCUCAGUCUCUGCGAUAACCAGUCUCCUCACCCUUAUGGCGUGCGGAAUAUGCUGUUGGCUUAUCCUAAUCUCCACACUCUGGUCCUGAAGCCAAGUGUGCGCUUGGAGCGCGGAUCAUUUGAUUUCAGCGCGUACGGCACUGUACUCCACGACCACGCCAGGCGCCUGCGGCGUUUCGAGUUCGAGCCGGAUAACGUCUCCGAUGCCGAUUUCGAAGGGUACGACAAAGGCGCGAUCGGGUCUUUGAGGGACAAGCGGACUCGUCUAGAGCAGCUGCGUAUGUCCCUUGCUGCACUGCUCGGCCCGGAUCUAACCGAGCGGCUGGACCUGUUUGAUUACUUGCCGAUCAGCCUGCGCUGGUUCUGGACCACUGUGCCGGACUUCAAAAGCUACGCGCAGGUGUAUUCCAACGCGCUGGCAAGCAUGCUUGACGACGGAUCGGAAGAGGCCACAUUUCGGAAACACAAGGGCAUAGCCAUUUUCUGCUACCUCACUUAUGAGUACAAGGUCGACUAUCCAAAGGGGAAAUGGACUCAGCAGGAGUGGGAAUGCGACGACCUGGGCACUGAGGAUGAUGCUAGCGACUUCGCUUCGGAGGCUAGGUCGUUCGAAGACCGCAGCAAUACGACCACGCCGCUCUUACAAAAAAACGAUCCGUUCCUGGAUCUGCGAGUACGAUCGAGUCCUUCAUGUUCGUCUGACAGCGAACUCGGAGAUCAACAUGGAGACUGUUACCCCGAUCCUCAGCACGUCAAGAAGGAACAAGACGACUUAGGCAAUGAGGACGAUGCCACCGACUUCGUCCAGUUGGGGGAAGGCAGGUGCUGA